CCCCCUCCGACUCCUUCAUCCACGACGAAAGUUUUAGGUUCAAAGUCUGGGUCGAAUAUUAUUUAAUUCAUAGAAUUUAUUUUAGUGUAACUGUAGUAAUAUAUUCAAUAAAAUGUCAAAUUCAAAAAUUCUUGGUGCUUUGAAGCUGUUAAAGUGCCGUAAAGAUGUCCAAUUCUUAUACGGUUUACACAGAAGAAAUUAUGCAGCAGCAGCAAAUCCAGUUUAUACCAAGCGCAAGAUUGUCAAUGGAGUGUAUGUUGUUACUUUGGACAGCCCUAACAAUAAAGUCAAUUCACUUAAUUCUGCUGUUAUGGAAGAAGUCAAUGAUAUCAUAAAUGAAGUCGAUUCGAAUUCAUCCAUUGAAGGUGUAGUCAUUAUCUCAGCUAAACCAGGAUGUUUUAUAGCUGGAGCAGAUAUUUCAAUGCUAGAAAGUUGCAAAACAAAAGAAGAAGUAGUAGAACUGUCUAAAAGAGGGCAGGCCAUAUUUAAACGAAUGGAAUCUUCCAAAAAACCAUACGUAGCAGCAAUUCAAGGUGCAUGUCUAGGUGGUGGCUUGGAAACUGCACUAGCAUGCCGUUACCGAAUUGCAGUUAAAGAUUCAAAAACUGGUUUUGGAUUUCCUGAAGUAAUGUUAGGGCUUCUUCCUGGAGCAGGAGGUACUGUAAGGAUGCCUAUAUUGACAUCUAUACCUACUACUUUGGACCUAGCACUCACUGGAAAAACAGUAAAAGCAGAUAAAGCAAAAAAAUUAGGUAUCGUAGAUCUGCUAGUAUCACCAUUGGGCCCUGGACUUGGACAGCCUGAAGAAAACACAGUCAAAUAUUUAGAAAAAGUAGCUAUUCAGUUAACAAAAGAUAUUUCAUCAGGUAAACUAAAAAUUGACAGAUCUAAAAAAGGAUUAAUUGAAAAAAUUACUGCCACAGUUAUGCAAUGGGACUUUGUUAAAAAUAUUAUCUUUAAUAAAGCAAAGGAACAAGUUAUGAAAGCCUCCAGAGGGUUAUAUCCAGCGCCAUUAAAAAUCUUAGAAGUAGUGAGAACUGGUGUUGAUAAAGGUCCUGCUGCUGGCUAUGAAGCUGAAGCUCAAGCAUUUGGUGAACUAGCUAUGACACCACAGAGUAAAGGUCUAUUUGGACUAUUCAGAGGACAGACUGAAUGUAAGAAAAAUAGAUUUGGCAAAUCACAAGUGGAUGUUAAAACGAUUGGUGUUCUCGGUGCUGGUUUGAUGGGAGCUGGUAUUGUUCAAGUAUCAAUUGAUAAAGGAUAUAAUGUUGUUAUGAAAGAUGCCACAAAUGCUGGACUUUAUAGAGGAGUAGGACAAAUUCAAACUGGUCUAAACAAUGCUGUGAAAAGAAAAAGGAUUUCUGCAUUACAAAGAGACAAAUUCCUUUCAAAUCUACUGCCAACCCUAGAGUAUGCUAAGUUCAAAAAUGUAGACUGCGUUAUUGAAGCUGUUUUUGAGGACAUUAAUAUUAAACAUAAAGUUAUCAAGGAACUUGAAGCUGUAGUACCAAAACACUGUGUUAUUGCUACAAACACUAGUGCUAUUCCAAUUACAAAAAUUGCAGCUGGCAGCAGCCGACCUGACAAAGUUAUUGGUAUGCAUUACUUCUCUCCGGUGGAUAAAAUGCAACUGCUGGAAAUCAUCCGUCAUCCUGGCACCAGUGAUGACACCGCGGCGGCCGCGGUAGCGGUGGGCCUGCGUCAGGGGAAGGUGGUCAUCACCGUGGGUGAUGGGCCUGGCUUCUACACCACACGUAUCCUCUCUACUAUGCUCAGUGAAGCUGUCAGAUUACUCCAAGAAGGCGUUGACCCCAAGGAACUGGACAACAUGACGAAGCAAUUUGGUUUCCCAGUAGGUGCUGCCACACUAGCUGAUGAAGUUGGUAUCGAUGUAGGCUCACAUAUUGCCAAAGACCUCUCAAAAGCAUUUGGAGAUCGCAUCAGUGGAGGUGACUUAAACAUAAUGCAAGAUUUGGUAAAAGCUGGCUUCAUGGGUAGAAAGUCGGGCAAAGGAUUUUAUGUGUAUGAAAAGGGAACUAAAAAUAGGGACGUAAAUCAAGAUGUCAUCAAACUAUUGAAAGAAAGGUACUCUUUAGAACCCCGAGGCGCCAACACAGUAGAGGAUCAGCAAUUAAGAAUGGUGUCCAGAUUCGUCAAUGAAGCAGUAUUAUCAUUGGAAGAGAAAAUUUUACACAAUCCCCUAGAAGGCGACGUUGGCGCCGUAUUUGGCCUUGGUUUUCCACCAUUCACCGGUGGACCUUUCAGAUGGGUGGACCAAUUCGGUGCUGAUAAAUUAGUAAAGAAAAUGGAAGAAUUCCACGGUCUUUAUGGAGCACCAUUCAAGCCUGCCCAGACCUUAAUUGAUAUGGCCAAAGACAAAAGCAAGAAAUUUCACACUAAUUGAUUUGAAUCUUUUACGAUAAUUCACAAUUACAUAUUUUAAUUGUGAAUUUUCUAUUUGUAUUUUAUAUCAUCUGAAUAGUUUAUAUACUAUUGCUAAUUUUAAAAAAUUAGCAAUCCAGCUAUUGUCAAUCCAAGUAAUAAUGUGCUUAUAAAUCAUCGCCAUCUUUCAUUAAUUUCAUUGUCAUUUUACAUGUUAAAAUUAAUUUAUUUACUUGACAUUGGCAAAAUUGUGCGAAAUGCGCAGAUAAGCCAUUAAUUAAAAAAGAAGAAGAAUCCAGUUUUAAUGUUUCUCAAACAUUGUGAUCUGUGUAAAAAUGCAAUGUUUAUUUGUAAAAUUAAAAGAUAGAGCCACGUCUGUCGAAUCAACAUUUUUAUUCAUCUUCAUGUAUACACAUAAAUUACUUAUAUGAGUGAAAGAUCGAAAGAAAUAAAAAAGAUGGCCCAAGUAUGUAUGAAUAUUUUGAAAAUAUAUUGCAUGACAAAAUUUGUGCGAAUGUUAUAAUGUCAUUAUUUAUUAUGUGUAGAUCCGAGAUUAUUCUUAUAUAUAGCUAAUUGAUAACAUGUUGAACGAUUAAUAAAGUAUUUAUUGGUACCAUGUU